GCAGCGCUCGUAGGAUUAUUGAUCUCCCUUUUACCCGGUGUGUGAAUCUUAGUUAAGCAGCUAUGUCAGGCCGCGGAAAGGGAGGUAAGGGUCUUGGAAAGGGGGGAGCAAAGAGACAUCGCAAGGUCCUCCGCGAUAAUAUCCAAGGUAUUACCAAGCCUGCUAUUCGUCGCUUGGCCCGUCGUGGAGGUGUUAAGCGUAUUUCUGGCUUGAUCUACGAAGAAACACGAGGUGUCUUGAAGGUCUUUUUGGAGAAUGUUAUCCGGGAUGCUGUGACCUACACCGAACAUGCCAAGCGGAAGACAGUGACUGCCAUGGAUGUUGUCUAUGCUUUGAAGCGUCAGGGCCGCACUUUGUACGGUUUUGGUGGCUAAACAUUCAAAAACUGUUUCGUAUACCUAACAACCCAAAAGGCCCUUAUAAGGGCCAC